GCUUUCCACGUCUCCCCUGAUGUGUUUGAGAGCUUUAAGGAGGAGGGAAAGUUCAAGAAGGAGAUUAGUGGGGAUGUGUUAGGGUUGCUGAAUCUAUACGAAGCUUCAUACCUUGGAUUCGAGGGUGAAACCAUUUUGGAUGAGGCAAGAGCAUUCUCAGCAACACAUCUCAAGAACUUGCUACAAACAAAUCAAGUUCAGAACAAAGUGAUUGCAGAAAAAGUGAGGCAUGCAUUGGAGCUUCCCUAUCACAGAAGAGUGCACAGGCUAGAGGCGCGGUGGUUCAUCGAAAGGUACGAGCAGAAGGAAGCCCACGACGGCGCGUUGCUGGAGCUGGCAAAGCUUGAUUUCAACAUGGUGCAAUCGGUGAUGAAGAAAGAGUUGCAAGAACUUUCAAGGUGGUGGAGAGAGAUUGGGCUGACAAGCAAGCUGGAUUUCGUUCGUGACAGGCUCAUGGAGGUUUACUUCUGGGCACUUGGAAUGGCCCCUCACCCUCAGCUCACCGAGUGCCGCAAAGCCGUCACGAAAAUGUUCGGCCUCGUCACCAUCAUCGACGAUGUCUACGAUGUCUACGGUACUCUCGACGAGCUGCAACUCUUCACCGACGCCGUUGACAGGUGGGAUGUGAAUGCGGUAGAAACACUUCCGGACUACAUGAAGUUGUGCUACUUAGCGCUAUACAACAGCGUGAAUGACACAGCUUACAGCACCCUUAGAGAAAAAGGCGAUAAUAGCCUUCCACAUCUAGCAAAAUCAUGGAGGGACUUGUGCAAAGCAUUCUUGCAAGAAGCAAAGUGGUCCAACAACAAGAUCAUUCCACCUUUCGAUGCCUACAUAAAGAAUGCAUCGGUUUCUUCGUCCGGCGGGGCAUUGCUUGCUCCUUGCUACUUUUCUGUCACCCAAGACAUCACAAGCCAGGCUAUUGACUCCAUAACCAACUACCAUGGCAUCGUUCGCUCCUCUUGCGCCAUAUUCAGGCUUUGCAACGAUCUCGCUACCUCCGCGGCGGAGCUGGAAAGAGGUGAAACGACAAACUCAAUCACGUCGUAUAUGACCGAGAAUGGGACAACGGAGGAGGAAGCACGGGAGAGCCUUGGAAAAUUGAUCGACCAAGAGUGGAAGAAGAUGAACAGAGACGUAGUGUUGGAGUCUGCGUACCCGAAUGUCUUCAAAGAAAUAGCCAUCAACAUGGCUCGGGUUUCCCAUUGCACCUACCAAUAUGGUGAUGGACUUGGAAGGCCUGAUGACACGGCAGAAAACAGAAUCAAGUUGUCGCUCAUCGAACCCAUUCCAAUUAAUUGAUUAAUGCAAUGAUGGUCAUUUCACGAAAUGCAAAUAUUAUUUUUAGUA